CGGGGCCAGAAAGGCAGCAUUAUCAUAGUGGGUCGCCGGUGCAAGAGAGGUGAGGCGGGCCAUCAUGCCUUCCAUAGCUGAGCAGAAGGCGAAGGUCAACAGCCAAAUCCAGGACCUGAGGAAGAAAAUACAGCUCUCAGAGGGCGAAAGCAAGGCUUUCUACGAGGAGAGUGAGGGAGAGAAGCGCGCUAAUAAGGCAGCAAUCAUCGGCCUGCGUGCUGAGAUCAAGCUCCUCCAUAUCAAGAUUCAGGAAGCCAAGCAGGGGAGUGAGAGGAGCGUAGAACGAGUGCUUCAGCAGCGCACCAGUGGAGGGACCGGAGGAGGAAAAACCAGGGGAACCACUAGUGCUGGAGGGAAAAGCAGGGGUGGUGGUGGUGGAGGGACUGGGGGUGGGAGAAGUCACAGUAGUGGGGGUGUGAGUGGUGGGGGUGGAGGUGGAGGAGGACUGACAUUGAGGGUGAAGAGAGCUGAGGACACUAUAACAGCCACACAGUACAGACUCCACGACCAAGUGAAGAGACUUAACUUCCUGCACCACACUCGCUCUCAACGCGAGAACCGCCUGGCCACCCUCAAGACGCUGCUGGGCGAGGCAACAUCUGAACGUGCACAGCUGGAACAGUCCAGCAUCCAGGAGCUUCAGCAGGAACUGAUAGGGCUGGAGAACGAGCUGGAGCGAGUGGGUGUGAGUGUAAGUGAGGCAGAGGGGGUGCGGCGACGCUACUCUGCGAUGGUGACAGCACUGAGAGGAGAGGCUGCUGCACACCGCACCACCCUCGACCAGCUCCAUGCCCGCCUCACCCAGGAGAAAGAAGCCCUCAUGCACCUCAGGGAAUCCCGGAAGAAGGCAGAGAAGACACGAGAUUCCCUGAGGACGCGGCUCCACCAAGAGGAGGAAUGUGCUUAUGAGACCAAGAGAGAGAGGGAGAAGAGGCUGUCAGAAUACAGGCGGCGUGCUGAAGAGCGCCGUGUGCUGGACAUGGGCACUGCUGCAGACCGCCGACUGUCACUGUUGCGCUCACCACCCACUCGCCGCGACUCACCCUCUGCUGCGCCGCUCACCCCACAUGACGCACAGGAGAUGGUGGAGGCAGAGCUUGAGAAAUACCAACAGGUCUUUACAAAGCUUAAGGAUGUGCUUGGGGUGACCAGUGUGGAUGAGGUGGUGGAGCGGCUCACCACACAGGGCAACACCAGGGAACACCUCCGUCAGCUACGCUCUGUCACUCUGGAGGAGGUGACGCGCCUCAAGCAGGAGAAGGAAACCAUGCAUGAGGAGCUGCACCGCGUCAAGUACACCACCACUGAGGAUGCCGCCAGAAUGGUUGGGAUAAUCAAUGAACUGCGGCAACGCAAGGAGGAACAAGCACGACUGAAGGAGGAGCUGGCCACACGCCUUGAUGGGACCAUGAAGGUGCUCACAGGUGUCAGAGCCGGCCUGGAGCAUGUCGCUGAGAAGUUGGAAAGCCCUGAGGAGCCACGUCCAGUCCGGAGUGAGGUGAACUCCCCACUAGAGUACCUGGUGCUACUGAUGGAGUACAACACAAGACAGGCAGAUAUCCUCAUGCAGCAGAUCAGUGAUGCUGCACACCUCCAGCACAAGCUGGCAGAAAUGCAAGAAGAAGAGAAGGAGAAUGGUGGCAUCCUGACCUCCCCGGAGAACAUCAGAGUGUCCUUCCCUGGCACUGUCUCCACCAAGGCUGCCCAGCAACAGGUUGAAGAAGGAGCAGAUAGUGGAGAAGAGGAGGAGACCUUGACACGCAAGUUUAUCAAGCGACAAGCACAGAUGAUUGUGGAGGCCAAGGCUCGCAAGAGGAAUCGUCCUGUCUCCACCUUCAAGUCCUAAAAUGGAAAGGUAAGAUAUAGUCUUGAAAAUAUGACAAGA